GUAACGAGGACAAAUUGGCACGAGAACAUUUGAGAACCAAGGAGUUAUAUGAGAGAAAGUUCUCAAAUCAAUCUGAUCUUGUGAUGGCCACUUCAUUGGUUUGCUUGACUUUUGGAAGUCAAAUUUCUAUAUCAGUUAUCAAGACCAACAUUGGUGGUUUAGUUACUAAAACAAUUAGUGACAGUAUAAUUCGAUAUUAUAAACACGAUUUUGUCAUUGAUCUAUGUGAAUAA